AUGCUCCAGAAGACAGUUGUUACUCCUCUCUCCACCUCUCGGCUUGAGCCACGUGAGGACGUAACAACCUUGUACACAUCUGACUUCCAGUAUAACACCGGGCUCUGCCACAUGCAGAAAUACUCAGAUGAUACUGUAAUAGUUGGCUUUAUCAAGGAUGGACAGGAGGGGGAGUACAGGAGCCUGGUAGAGGACUUCAUGAGGUGGUGCGGGACCAACCAUCUGCAGCUGAGCACCUCCAAAACCAAAGAGAUGCUGCCGAGUCAGUUAGGAAAGGAGCCCAUUGGGAGGAAAGGCCGAAGGUCAAAUGGUGAUGGACAGGAGGGUAAACCAAGAAAGAAGAGAAACGAGGCAAAGCAAUCAAUGAUGCUGGAUGCAGAUGGAGGCAGCCUGUCGCCGGGAACCAAGCCUCACAUCUGUGAGCACUGCACUGCAUCGUUCAGAAGCUCCUAUCACUUACGCAGACAUGUCCUCAUUCACACAGGUGAAAGACCUUUCAGAUGCAAUCAGUGCAACAUGAGUUUCAUUCAGAAAUACCUUCUCCAGCGACACGAGAAAAUCCACAGUGGAGAGAAGCCGUUCAGCUGUGACCAGUGUAACAUGCGUUUCAUUCAAAAGUACCACAUGGAGAGGCACAAGAGGACGCACAGUGGAGAAAAACCGUAUAGAUGUGAGACCUGCCAACAGUAUUUUUCUAGGACAGACCGACUGCUUAAGCACAAGCGAACCUGUGGAGAAGCCAUAAAGAAGGGGCUGGAUCCUGGAAUGAUGGAGUUGGAUUGUGUAGACAUGGGACAUGGCAGCUAUGGGAUCACUCAGGGAAAUACUGGGAGUACUGGGAGAAAGAGAGGAAGGUCUAAAAACUCCGGAGAGGGAGGGGAGCGCAAGAAAAAGAAGGGGGAUGGAGGCGGCAUGAGGGUACCGCACAUUCACGGGGCUGUAUCUGGAGGCUACAGCAUUCAUGAAUACUCUAUAGAGAAUCAAACAGUAUCUUCCUCUACUGAGCCAGGGCCCAGCAUGCAGCAGGUCCACCACGGCCGAGCUCCAAAGAUGGCAUUCAAGAAGGCCAAUCGUAAGAGCCUGGACAAAGCUGGUGCGGGACAGGCCAAAGCAGGCUCGUUGGAACAGAGUGGGGGCAUAGAUGGUCUUGGGCUCAUACAGGGUAACGGGGUUAAAGUAGGGCCCGCAACCAGCAACUAUGACGACGCCAUGCAGUUCCUCAAGAAAAGACGCUACCUUCAAGCAGCAAACAAUGCAAACUCAUCAGGGCCAGGAGUGGUUGGAGGAACUACCAGUGAGUAUGAUGUCGGCAUUGGUCACAUGUCCUCCCAGCAGUCGGUCAUUCAGGGUGUCGUUUCCAGUGUGAUGGACAAUGACGUACCUCUGAGUCUCGAUAGGUCGGGGAUCCCAGAUGAGGUGCUACAGAGCAUCCUCGACCACUACACCCAAAAACCUGAUGGCUCGCACCACGACGUUCACUUUGACAUCGGUGACCACCACGUGGAGCUGAACCCCGCCUCAGCUGACAUCAGCCACCACACUGACACUCCCAGCCCAUCUGGAGACAAGACUGUAAUGAUGCACGAGUACUCGCGCUUCCUGCUGCAGGCUUUGGAGCGCACCAGCCACAGUGCCAGCUUCCCUCUGAGCCCCGGGCCUCCCGCCUCAGGACCAUUCACCAGUUCCCACCCGGGAAAUCCCCUCUAUGCUGACAAGAACAUCUACACUACAGCCCCACUGGAGUGUGGUUUCGGCCAGUCGGUGGCCUCGCCUUCGCUGCCCUCCUCUAUGCCAAAGUCUCACUUUGCGAUGCUGACAGGCUCCUCACCACAGCACAGCUUCCACCUGAGCAGCCUGGAGGCCUCCACGCACCAGCAGCUCACCCCUUCUCAGGAGCUCACCGACCAGAUGGAGAAGCAGCAGCACUCCUCCACUCCCCCUUCCUCCUACCAGAUCAGCCCAUCUGACCUUAGCAGCCAGAAGGACCACCCGCCAGUUAAGAAUGGUACGGUGGUCUACCCUCUGGCCUCCUCGCAGGAUCUGGCCUCUCUGGACUCCUCGAAGCCUUCCUACCAGAUAGAAAACUUUGCCCAGGCCUUUGGCUCUCAGUUCAAGCCAGACGGCCGUGGCUUGUCUUAUGGCACUGAUUCUAGUGGGGAGGUGGAUCACAGGAUACGGACGCCUGUGUCUGAAUUCUCAGGGUAUAGUAGUUUGUUAUCUGAUGUCAAUGAGCCAGUAAGUACAGGUUCCAAAACUACAACAAGCCAAAGCUACAGAUGAGAGCCUGAGAGGAAGAGAACACUCGGCCGUUAAAGUUGUUCUUCUGUUAAUUUUUUAGUGCUCCUAUUUUAUUAUUAUUAUUGUUAUUACAAUUUUUUUUAAGUGACAUUUUCCUUUUAAUUAUACUGAUGCUCUGUUUUGUGCCCACGCCUCUCCCCACAAUAAGCCUGCAAGGCUUCCUGCAAAUGCAACUUUUUUUUUAACUGUUAUUUUUAAGUUAAAUAUGUAUUUACUGUUUAUUCUUGUCAUAUUAGUGACAUUAGGUCUGGUCAUUCAUCAUGAACUGAAAGUACUUUUUCAAUAAGUAUUUCUUUUCCAAUGAGCUGAGGUGUUUGAGCAAUCAACUUUACAAUUGUAAAAUAAUAAUGGAAAUAACCAUGAUGGCAGGGAAUAGCCCAGAGUUGAAAUAGCAAAAAAGAAAAACAAAGUUAUUGUCUGUUACAAGGUUGAAAGUAUUACUCAGGAAAAAGUGGAAAGCCUAUGAAGUGCCGUGAGCACUCUUUUCAGAAGUUUAAGUUGUGCGAUUUCAAAGAGGAUUCUUUUUCUCAUGUUUUAUUACUUGUUGAAUGAGUGUGACAUAAACAGACUGCUGCCAGCUCACUUGAGCACUGAAAACACUUUGUUCUUGGCUACAUAGAGAUUAUGGUACUUUCGUGUCAAUGUGAAACUCGUGUUUUCUUCAAUAAGGGCCAUAUCUAUAUCUAUAUAUAUAUAUCUCUAUAUAUCUAUAUAGAUAUAGAUAGAUAUUUAUAAGAAUAUAUAUUAAUGUAAAAUAACAGAUUUAAUCAAUCUGGGGAGUUGCCAGUUGAAGUAGAGGAAGAAUGAGGGCUGGUUGAGGGGGGGUAAAUGUUGUCCUUGGAAUAUUUUUGGGGAACAAAAGUGAUGUUAGGGCUUUUAUUUGGCCAAUAGGGGUUACUGUUUGACAGCAAUAGAAUGGCCUUCUCCUUUUCUUGCCCUCCACUUCUUAUUUGGUUCUCUUAUUUCUUUAUAAGAAUCCAAUUAGCACUUUGAGCCGUUGCCUCUCACUGAGUAAAGUACCCCGUCGGAUCAAGGAAGCUCAAAUGUCAUCAGUGGACUUUUUUGGCCAGAGACGUGUUGUUUGGGCAGGGUUGAUAUGUGAAAGUGGGAUUUUUCAUUUUAACAUUUUCUCUUUUUCUCCUUACUUUUAGGAAGGGCUUGGGAGGGAAGAGGGAGGGGGGGAAAUACAGUAACAUUUAAUCGGGAUAAUGUAAAUGUAAUUCAGACCCCUAGUUUUUUUUCUUGUUUGACUUGUGAUCCAACUUAGCAGCUUUGCUUUCCUAUUGAAUUUGAUGACAAAUGUGUUCGUGAUCAAGUAUUUCUUCAGCUGUUACUGAGGCAGCCAUAUCCAGUAUGAGCAAAAAUGUGGCUGACCAAAAAUUUGUAUGCAUUUAGAUCUUUCACAUGUGCUGGCUGGCAGCCGUUAGCAAUUGGGUGCCUAUUCCUGAGAAGCACGGGUGCAAGAUAUUGUCUAGUAAAUGUUAAAUGUAAUUUCUUGCUGAUUUUUAAAUGUAUUUAUGCUGUACUUUUUUCUAAAGACAACAAUAAUUGCGCUGUCUUCCAUAGCUUCAACUGGCCUUGAGUGCUGGAAAUGAUAUCACUCUGCUGAAUGAGUCUUUAAACAGUUUUACGACCUGAUGGCCUGUUGUUUUAAGCAAUCAUAUAACAUGGCAUAGUGAAAGCAAUGCUGUAAUAUCUUAAAUAAUAUGUUGCCAUGUUGGAACGGUUGAGGCAUAAACAAGAAUUUGCCUCGUAUAUACCUCAUAUCACAAUAAACCAGGGACAAAGGAGUGAAGGCUUGAUGUAUGUAGCAGAGAUGCUGUUGUAUGUAAAAAAAAAAAAAAAAAAAAAAAAAAACAACAACAAAUGUUUCGACUGGACUAUUUUUAAACAUUUGUGUACAUGACAUUUUUGUGACCCAUUAAGACAUUGUUGCUUAAGGGUUUCUGUAAAUGUGUCAUGCCAACCAGUGUUCAGUCUCUUCAGUUUGACCUCCUCUCUCCUCCAGAUCUGAUUUGUCAUACUGUUUCAAUAUGUUUAUUGUUUACAAAAAAUGUACAAAACACUACAUCUGACUUCUUUUUCUGACCCCUGUAUAAAUUUUAUCUUAAAUCUUUCUUUAACUAUUUUUUUUUUUUAUCACCGCCAAAUUUUGUAGCUGAUAUCUUCCAUUUUUAUGUUCUUUCAGGUUCUUGUGAUGCGUUUCACAAGACUGUACUUGUCCAAUGAAUUUAAAACUGAUUAGGGAGAAAACAAUAAAAAUACUGUUAACAGCA